CAUACAACCGUGAUUGUUGAGGGAGUGAUAGUGUUUUUGUAUUUAUAUUGGCAUUUUAGCACGAUUUCAGUCUAUUUCAGUACAGCGACGGUGUUGUGACCACUUGAAUUUCAGCUGUUCUGUGUCCCGUAAUUUCGUAGUCUUCUCAUUUCAACGACAACGAAUUUACGUGCAUAUUAAAAAUGGAGAUGAGAAACGAAGAAUUAUUUCCACUCAUGUACAAAUUCUGGGGAAAGCAAGCCGAAGUAGAACACUCGCUUGACCUGAGCUCGAAUGAUUUUCAGAACAAACAGGUUGUUAUAUACAUCAGUGACGGAUGUUCAGUGUUCACUUAAAAAGACACUGGUUAUCAGAGUAAAGAGAACAGUGAGUGUUGAAACCGAGGUCGAUAAUGACGACAUCGAUUUGUACGAAGAGGAAAAACGAAUUGAAGAUCUUGAAAAUCCUCUCGAGGAAUUUUCAGUCGAAAACGAGGAUACAGCAAGAGUUGCAACUUAUGAAGAAAAAGAGGAACCGUCGGUUAGAGUCCUGGAUGGAAAUGACGUGAACGAUAUUCCAGCUCGUUAUUUGGUGCCAACUUUGCAGCCUUAUGAAUUUCCUGCUGUCGGCGUUUGGAUUGACCGGCGUAUAGUUCCAGGGUUUAAAUAUCGAGUACGACCAAUCGAUACCGAGGAAUUCAAAGAUGAAUAUUUAUUCAAUGGUAAUGGUCUAACGUUACAAAACAUCGGAAAUGGGUAUUCACGACGAAUUGUAUUUGCUCCUUCGAGUGGCCAAUUGAACAAUAAUCCGAAUUAUUUCUGGUCCGAUUCCCGAACUUGGGGCUUUGCUUUCCAACUGCAGUUGGUGUCGGUUGGAGAAAAAUAUACAGUAUAUGAUAUCAGUAAUCAUCCCGUUGGACACUUGGAAAUUGUUCAACUUCAGAGCCCUCAAGAAGAACUUUCUCACGCGGUCUUAGAUGACAGAAGUGUUGAAAAAUCAGCAAGGGUUCACUGCUUAGCGAAAAUGGAAUGGUUCGAUAGCAACGAAAUUUGCGUCGUUUCGAUUUGUGGAACGGCUGUCAGUAUUAAACGUAAAAAUUCCCUGGCAAAAGUGAAUAAAAUUACCGGAGUGAUGAUUUCGGGACAUCCAAGACGAAAUUACACUUUAUAUCCUGGCGUAGAUAACAAGAAAAGGUGUAUUACGGUAUCUGGUGCUUCGUGUAAUGAUGUUCCCAUCAAUUAUUCGUUAGUGGGAUUAGAAAAUUAUGAAUUGCCUGUGAUUGGAACCUACGUCGACUCUCGUAUUUUACCCGGAUUCUGUUACAAAGUUCGUCCAAUUAACAGCAAACACCAUCUAUUCGACGAUAGGGCCCUUAGAUUGUUAUCGAUUGGAAACGGUUACAGCAAACGGUUAACUUUUGCUCCCGAUGAAAAGAGCCUCAACUCUAAUCAAAAUUAUUUCUGGACUGAUUCAUGGCCCAGCGGUUUCGGUUUCGAAUUACGGGCAGUUCAUUGCAAUGCUAAAUUUAAAAUUUAUGCUGAUGAUCGAUGCGUUGGUUUUGCCAGUGUCUUUCGAGCCGACAGCCCGCAGUGCGAAGAAAAGCAAGUUCUGGUUCGAGGUGAAGAUGGUGUAACUGUUGUGAAAUAUGUUCAUGUCGAUAUUACCUGCCACGUUGUGCUUCGUAUUUCGGAAAAUGAAAAUGAUGUUACCAAUGCUGAGCAAGUCAUGAGAGUUUCCGGUACAGCAAUGUUGAAAAAAUCUUCCCGCGAUAAAAUCGCUAGACUAGACAGAAUCGAGAAUAUCGGUUUAGAUUCGCAAUUGAAUGUGUUAUUCUUUGCCGAACAUUCGAAUCUGAUAUUCUACGCUGCCUGAGAGGAAAUUAAACUGCAAUAUUCGAGUUUAUUACUCUACCGAUUAGGGUCUAGAAUUAUCUUCUUCAUUUAAAGGCUGGUUACUGCGUAAUUGUUCCUGAAUACAUUUAUGUUUGUUUGUUAGUUCAUAUAAAAAUCUUAUAUAUUUUUUGUCUUCGACAACCUAUAUAACUAUUUUAAUCAAAUACUUAGAAAUGACAUUCAUUUUAAUUUUUGUUUUAUUACUUUUUUAAACAGUUUGUAGUUUUUAGUUUCUAUAUGAUUGUGUUUUUCCUGAAAUUCUCAAUUUGAAAUAAAUUGAUUUUCAUGACAA